UGGGUCGGGUCCUAAUGGAUAGACAAUAUGGUUCAUCACUCAUGAUUCCACUAAAUUCCACUAAAUGGGACAAUGUGCCACCGUUUGAAAAGUAAUCUCUUCACCUCCACGCUUCCAUUCACCUCCUCCAAUGAUUACUUUCCUCUAAUGCUUCCUUACUUUCUCAAUACACUACCUCCAUCACCUCUCUCUACCCAUCAACCCAAUAUAUCGACAUUUGCCCGUUUCGCCACCGCUCCUCUAUAAUCGAGCAAUUGAUGGGUUUCUUUGCAGAUAAGAAGCAUAAUCGUUGUUUCAUAUUGAUGCCCUAACUCCAUACCACCGGUUUUCUAUGAACUGUUUGCUCCCCAUAUUCUAAUUUAGGUUUUGAUAACUGAUAAUCCAUCUCGGACCUUCACUUUGGCGCUCUUAUCUUCCCUGGCUUUCUUUGGAUGGUUUUGUUGAGGAUUGGAACACCACACAAUUAUAAGUUUUGGAAUCUCUUUUGACAAUCUAUGGUUUCAUAUUAAAAGCAAAUUAGAGAGAGACGAGUCUACCACUGGAACGGAUACCAGUGAACCAGAAAUACAUGCUCAUGCACAUUAAUAUACUGCCCGGCAUUAAAGAUGCUCUAGUUGGAGUUACACAGACGUCUUUUUUUCAUCAACAGAAGGGGGCAACUGCAGCAUCUAUUUCUUCGCCACUUUUGGUCAUCAUAAAUCACCUUCAAAAUUGGAUUGAGAACAAUCAACCGUUUUCGUUUUGCUUAAUUAAUCUCACAAAAGAAGUAAGAAAUAUGGCAGAAGUUCAGCUGCCCACUUACGACAUCAUCAUCUUCGGAGCAUCUGGUUUCACAGGCAAAUAUGUUGUCAGAGAAGCUCUCAAGUUUCUUGAUUCGCCGAAUUCGCCUCUCAAAACCCUCGCUCUAGCCGGUCGGAACACUUCUAAACUCUCCCAAACCCUAAAAUGGGCUGCCACAUCUCACCCCACAGUCCCCCUCCUCAUUGCCGACACAUCUGAUCCAUCCUCUCUCCGCCGCAUGGCUUCCCAAGCUAAGCUCGUCCUCGAUUGUGUUGGCCCUUUUCGCCUUUACGGUGAGCCCGUCGUCGCUGCCUGUGUUGAAGCGGGGUGCGAUUACCUGGAUAUUUCAGGUGAGCCGGAGUUCAUGGAGAGGAUGGAAGCCGUGUACCAUGAGAAGGCGGUGGAGAAAGGUAGUUUGGUGAUCUCGGCAUGUGGGUUUGAUUCGAUUCCGGCAGAAAUAGGGUUGAUGUUCAAUUCCAGGCAAUGGGUUUCGCCGGCAGCUCCCAAUCGGGUUGAAGCCUACCUGUCCCUUGAAUCGGAUAAAAAGAUAGCAGGUAAUUUUGGGACUUUUGAGUCUGCGGUUUUGGGAGUGGCUAAUGCUGAUAAGCUGGCGGAGCUUCGACGAUCAAGGCCCAAAAGAGCUCGACCUACGAUCCCGGGUCCUCCUCCUCCAAAAGGAUCAACCAUAGAACACCAAAAACAGAUCGGACUUUGGGCUGUGAAACUCCCAUCAGCCGACGCCACCGUUGUCCGGAGAACGCUUUCCAUCCUUACAGAAAACCCAAACGGUCUUGAAGGAGUCAACGAGGAUCCUAAACACGCAGAGAAACGCUCCUCCUUUUGGUCUACAAUAAAACCUGCUCAUUUCGGAGUAAAGAUUGCCACCAAGAAUCUUCUGGGUAUGAUUGGAAUCAUCGCCACCGGGAUAUCAAUUGGGCUUCUGGGCAGCUUCUCAUUCGGGAGGUGGCUUCUGUUGAAAUUCCCCUCUUUUUUCAGUUUCGGAGGGUUCAGAAAGCAAGGUCCCACAGAGGAAGAAGUCGCUAGCGCCAGUUUCAAGAUGUGGUUCAUCGGCCAUGGCUUCAGCGACGCCAAUCUUGCUUCUCAGGCGACAUCAAAGCCUGAUAAAGAAAUCAUUACGAGAGUAAUGGGCCCUGAAAUUGGGUAUUUAACAACUCCCAUCACUCUAAUUCAAUGUGCUCUGAUCCUUUUGAAGCAGCGCCAAGAUCUUCCAAAAGGCGGCGUCUUUCCUCCCGGGAUCAUUUUUGGCCCAACCGACCUUCAAGAUCGACUACAGGAGAACGGGAUUUCGUUUGAUUUGAUUUCAAAAACCGAUAUUAAUAAUGUGUCUACAUAAAGCUCUUUUCUCAAAAUUUUAUGCAAUAAAACCUUCUUAUAACACAUAAAACGUUAGCUACAUCUUACAACAAUCCUACCAAAAUACAUUUUUUAUUUUUCAUUCAAGGUGGUCGUGAGGCUUAAACGACAUGAACAUAGCCGCAUAAUGUUGAAGCCGGGCAUUAUUCCUCGAACCAUGGUUCAAUGUCCCCCUCCUUGUUCUUGAAACAUAAUGGCGCCAUGCAAUUUGUAUAUUAACAGCAGCCCAUGUUCUCCAGUUUGAUGAAUAGUACCUUGCCCUUCGCUUCAUUUUUUCAUUAACAAAAUUGUAACGAAAAUGAUUAGUGAUGUACCUUAGAUGUUUAGCAUCUAGUGCAAAUGCUUCUGUUGGCUUGACACACGUGAAUGUAGCAGUUGCAGCAGGAAAACGGUCUAUAAAUGGAACACGAAGGCACCAUGAAAGUAGCUCAUCUCCAAAGAAACUCCCUGGUUCUAAUGUGCUUGUUGCAACCAUCCCUCGACUUAGUAAUUGGGUUCUUUUUACUUUUCCAUCAACUAUAAACACCAUUCUCUCCACAGGAUCUCCUUCUCUGAUAAUCUGCAUGCC